AUGGAGUCGGAACAACACGAGCACCUCAUGUCGGUGGUCAACGAGCUCAUUCCGCCCGUGUCGGGCAAGUUACACAAGGGUCAAGCGGGACGUAUCGGUGUCCUCGGAGGGUCGGGAGACUACUCCGGUGCACCAUUCUUCUCCUCCAUGGGGGCAUUGCGAUUCGGGGCUGAUCUGGCUCAUGUCAUCUGUGAACCUGGAGCUGGAGCCGUCAUCAAGACUUAUUCUCCCGACCUCAUCGUACAUGGCAUCUUGGACCCAUCAAAAUCCGUAGAGGACGUUCGGUCAGAGUUGGAAGGGAUCAUGUCUCGUCUACACGUCAUGGUCAUUGGUCCUGGACUCGGCCGUUCGGAACAUAUGCAGAACUUUGCCAAAGUCGCCUUCGAAUUAGCCAAAAAAAUGGAGCAAAUGGGCGUGGUGGUGGAUGCCGACGGUCUGUGGCUUGUUCAAAAUGACCCGUCUGUCGUACUCGAUUGGCCUGGAGUACCUAGGGUCAUCCUCACCCCGAAUAUCAUGGAAUUCAAAAGACUCUGUCAGAAAAUGAAAAUCGACGAUUCCGCCCCUCCCAAGACACUCUGUCCAGAGUUGGCGAGGUCACUACAAAACGUCACUAUUAUACAGAAGGGCGAGACGGACAUCGUUUCAAACGGUCGGCCUAUACCUUCUGAGUUUUUACAGUCGGAAGGAGACAAGGUCGAGAUCCUCGAGAGCGAGGUGAGGGGGGGUUUAAAGAGGGUGGGAGGACAGGGGGAUAUUCUGAGCGGAAGUGUGGGGGUUUUAUUGGCGUGGGGGAGUGAAUGGGUUCGAGGAUCGUACGAACAUAUUGGCCAUCCACCACCAAAGAGCAAAGGAAUUGCGGAUAAUAUCCCCUUGCUCGCCGCGUACGGGGCAUCGACUUUCAAUCGGACGGUUUCGAUGAGAGGAUGGCAGGCGAAAGGACGGAGUAUGGUCACGGGUGAUUUAGUGGAGUUGGUGGGACCGGUGUAUGAGGAGCUGUUUGGAGCGGCGGAGGAUAGUCCGGAGAAGAGACGAUUGCGGAAUGAAUGA